GUGAAAUGGAAGUGGUUAAGCUUUGGUUUCUGCUUGCCUAUCACUACUUUGCGUUGGCUAAACCAUGGGACAGGAAAGAUUUUUUCGAGAUUUCAUCAACAUAUUUCAAAGCACGACAUGUUAAGUCGGUGACUGUUUUUAGCUGCUUUGGAGAUUUGGAUGAUUAUUGGCUGAUGAAGAGUUACUUGGAGCGUGGUUUUUCCGUAAGGAUCUUGUCAUCUUAUACAGAAUUCAACGCUUCUGGUUCUAGUAAUUCUGGUGUCUUGGUGGAUGCUAGGUGUGAUGAAAUGGUGGCAAAGCUGGUUGAAAAGGAAAACAUCAACGCCUACAUGUUGACCAACAUCUAUUGGUUAUUUUUGGAAGUUAAACCAAAAACAAGUGAAUUUUCAAACAAUGAUAAAAACUCAACAGUGCCUUCAAGUUUAAGAGUUCUAUACGACAAACGUUUCCGAAACGUAGACGUACUGCCAAUGACUCACGUGGCGAUUGGUUUUCUCGAAGAACGUUGGCGACUGUUUGAUGUUCACAAACCCUACAGAGAGGCUUCGGUAAUGUGGCAAGAAAUAGCGUGUUGUGACAACGAUCUGGUUGAUCCUAAAGUAAUGAAAUGCGCUCUGUGGAAUGCAGAUAAAAAUCAAAAAGAGAAACGCAACUUGCAAGGGUUCGCAAUGCCAGCAGCCACUGUGAUUACCUUUCCAGAAUAUUAUGCUGGGCUAGAAAAUCGAUCGGAUUCAAUCCAUGAUCUUUUCACAAAAGCCAACUACCCGUUGAUCAAAACGUUGAUGUAUGAUCUUAAUUUUACCCUCAACAUGCUUCAGGUGAACAGUGGGGGGUGGAAAGUCAACGGAACGUUUACUGGGCUCAUGAAACUGUUUCAGCAACGCUCGGUAGAACUUGGUAUUAUGGGAGCACUGAUGAGGUCCGAUCGAAUGGAGGUGGCAGACUAUACAAUUGUUACGAUGUUAAUCAAAACAUGUAUCAUUUUUAAGCAGCCUCCACUUUCGUUGGUUUCAAAUAUCUUUGAGUUGCCCUUUAGUAGUGGAGUUUGGCUCAGUUGUGGUGCGUUUGUGAUAAUUUAUUGGAUUUCGUUGGUUCUGUUCCGAUCAAUCACCAAAACGGAACCGUUCACUGUUCAGGAGUCGUUGUACUAUAUGAUCGGGACGUUAUGUCAGCAAAAUGUGGAAUUGAUGCCACGUUUUAACUCAGCCAAGCUGGUAUUCUUUUUCGCACAUUUGACGAGCUUUUUUAUUUUUACUUCAUACUCGGCGAGUAUCGUUGCCCUGCUGCAGAGUCCAAGUCGGGCCAUAAAUUCGGUAGCUGACCUUACAGAUUCACCUAUCAAGGUUGGUGCAAUGGACACUACCUACGCUUAUGUAUAUUUCAAUGAAAGCAAAGAUCCUGAAGUCAAGAAGCUAUUCCUGAAGAAAAUGAAGCCUUUUGGAGAGAAGGCCUUUACCGAGCCUGACGUUGGUAUGAAACGUGUUCGGGAUGAGUUUUAUGCUUUUUCGGCCGAAGUCAACGCUGCCUAUCUGCUGAUCAAGGAAACAUUCACCCCGCAAGAUGUGUGCAAGGUCCACGAGCUGGAGGCCAUCAAGCUGCCACCAUUUUCGAUUCCCAUGCUUAAGGGCAGCAAAUACCGCGAGCUGUUCCGACAGCGACUCAUCUGGCAGCAGGAAGUUGGAAUCAAUCGUCGUUAUAAUUUGAUGUGGAUCUCCCAGAAGCCCACGUGUGAAUCCGGUACGGCGACCUUUACUUCGGUUGGCCUGAAUGAGUUGCGAUACGCUUACAUUUUCAUGGUUGUGGGAUUUGGGGUGGCUUUCACGUUGUUGGCAUGGGAAAUUACUUGGAACAAGCAGAGAAGUAAGUGGCUCGCUAAAGCGAAGAUUAAGCAACUGAAGCAGAAACCUAAAAUUGAUAAAACUAAUUUUACUUUCCUACAAUGAUAAAAAAAAACUCGAUUUUUGGAAAUGUUUGAUUCUAUUUUUUCAGAUGGAAAGCUUUACAGAUGGAACUUUUGAUUAACGUUACUUUGCACCCGAGUAGAGGUGACGAAUUUUUAAUAUUUGAAGCACAAAUUUAUAACUUACCCAUGGUAUUGCCGAGGUUUACGGAGUAAGAUAGAUAGGACAAGUGCUAAAAACUAGUUUUGCAAUUAGUUGAAUUCAACACUAUUGUCGACUCCGGAAAACACCAUUUGAAUAAGAUGUUCUCAGUGAAAGGUUUGUUUCCCCGUUCAAAUGUCAUUCGCCGUCAUAAUAAGUGUAUAACUCCAAAACAAUAUCGAAAAGAUGCAGUGUACUUUUCAGUACUGUUAUUUUUGGCAAUGUUAUUUUUAGGUCGUUUUGUUAUUUGAGAAUGACAGGAAAAAUAAAGAGUUUUUCAACGGAAUUGCAAAAAAUACA